ACACGAGACCCGUGUGGGGACUAGGCCAGAUGUAAGGGAAAGGUGCUCUGCUCAGCAGUUAACAAGCAACCAACCUGGACAAAGGCAGGGUGCCACACCUUCAAACGGAGCCUAUCUUCUUGGGGAAGGGCCCCUCUGAGAGCUGGGCUGUACUAUAAAAGGCCAUGUCAGGGAGGGUAUUUUUUAUUUGGUAAGAGAGCCUAACAUACUCAGGAAAAGGUUUAAUUAGCAAUUUUAGAAGAACACGUAAGUUUCAAGGGAGGGCGUCAUUUUUUAACUUGGAGCUGAAUUAUUAUGAUUAUAUUUAUAAUCUGAUAGCAAAUCACGAUAUUCCUCUUUCCUGACAUCAACUGAAGAGUGAUUAUCUGCACAAUACAAAAUAUGGCUUCUAUUCUACCUGCUUCUAAUAUAUCCGGGAAAUCUGACAGAAAUGCAUAUGUUGGAAAAAGGUUUGUCCAUGUUAAAAAUCCUUACCUGGAAUCUAUGGAUGAAGACGUUCUCUAUCACUUGGAUUUAGGGACAAAAACACACAACCUACCAGCAAUGUUCGGGGAUGUAAAGUUUGUCUGCGUCGGUGGGAGCCCCAACAGAAUGAAAUCAUUUGCACUGUUUAUGCACAAGGAGCUUGGCCUGGGGGACGAUGGGGAUGACAUGAAAGACAUCUGUGCUGGGACAGACAGAUACUGCAUGUACAAAGCCGGCCCCGUGCUCUCCAUCAGUCAUGGCAUGGGCAUUCCCUCCAUUUCUAUUAUGCUUCAUGAACUCAUCAAAUUACUCCACCACGCACGCUGCUGUGACGUUACUAUUAUCAGAAUUGGUACAUCAGGGGGAAUAGGGAUCGCACCAGGCUCUGUUGUAAUAACCGAUACAGCUGUAGACUCCUUCUUUAAGCCCCGCUUUGAACAGGUUAUCUUGGACAACAUCGUCACCCGAAGUACUGAACUUGACAAGGAACUGGCUGAAGAACUGUUCGACUGUAGCAAAGAAAUCCCCAACUUCCCGACCCUCAUUGGACAUACAAUGUGUACCUAUGAUUUUUAUGAAGGCCAAGGAAGGUUAGAUGGAGCACUGUGCUCCUUUUCCAGAGAAAAGAAGUUAGAUUACUUGAAGAGAGCAUAUAAGGCUGGCGUCCGGAACAUUGAGAUGGAAUCUACAGUGUUUGCAGCCAUGUGUGGACUCUGUGGUCUGAAAGCUGCUGUGGUCUGUGUGACACUUCUUGACAGGCUCGACUGUGACCAGAUUAACUUGCCCCACGACGUUCUGGUGGAGUACCAGCAAAGGCCUCAGCUCCUGAUAUCUAACUUCAUCAAACGGCGGCUUGGACGUCGCGAGCAGAUGUCAUAACCUGGCAGCUCCACCCCCUCUGCAAGUUUGUAGCUCAAGUUGGAAUGUUGAAGCCAUAUAUUAUUUGUGACAUUUUUCAUAUGGUUCUUAUCCCCAUCCUAAAAUCAUAAUAAAGAUUUUAUGAAAUCCCUUUA